UCUGCAAAGAUGCGUGCGUUAGCUUGUCUCGUAUUUAUCGCUCUGGCAUACGCCGUUCAAGACGCUUCCGUCGGAAAAUUUCCAUAUCAAGUUUCAUUGAGAUAUGACGAUAAACAUGAUUGCGGUGGAUCUAUCAUCAAUAAACGUAACAUAUUAACCGCAGCAAGUUGUGUCGACAGAUUUAAAAACCUGGAUAAGCUGGAUAAGCUAAAAGCACAUGUCGGAACAAACUUCUUGAACGAAUCAGGAGAUGUUUAUGACAUAGAAAGUGUUAGCAUCCACGAAGAUUACGACAUAAUUCGAUGGUAUUAUAUCGCCUUGGUUCAUCUUAAAACUCCUAUCUAUUACAACGAGCUAGUGCAACCGAUAAAUCUUAUGACAAGCGACGAGAAUCUCAAGGACAAGUCGUGCACGUUAACCGGAUGGGGAUCAAAGAAUGCUGAUGUAUACUAUGGCGAGAAGCUUUCGAAUAAUUUGCAAGAAAUUGAGUUGAGUGUUUAUCCGCAAGAAAAUUGCGAGAGGUUAUGGGAUGCAGAAAAUACUCAAAUUUGUACUUGGACAAGAAAAGGAGCACAAGCGUGCAACGGUAAUCAUUAUGAUACUGGAAGCCCUUUAGUAGCCAAUGGAUUUCAAAUUGGAAUCGUCUCUUACUUUUUUCCUUGCGCAAUGGGACUUCCAAACGUUCACACAAGAGUAUCAAGUUUCCUUACAUGGAUCAUGGCAAAUUUAAAAAAUUAAAAAAAAGAUUGUUGAGGUAAAACUCUUUAAUAAUAAAUGCCAUUUGUAUUUGGCGCUAGAUGCGUUCUCACAUCUCCACGUAUUGAGAUAUCUAAUGUUUAUAUAGGGUCCAUUCCGUUUCACGCAUAUGCGCGCAUUUUCUAUGGUAAACGUUACGUAUGCUAUAGAUAAAUGCGCGCAUAUGCGUGAAACGGAACGAAUCCAGUUUCGGUUUUCGUUACUGCUCACUCGCGCCAACUGUCGUCCUGUGCUUCUGCCUGUACGUCACACCGCUCACGCAUAUAUUGU